AUUCCUCAUGUGAUGUCCUUUUCCUCUAUCCCUCGUUUUCCCAGCAGAUGCUCGAUGUCAGCGUGUUUUUCAGCAUCCGUGCAACAGGAACUCUUUUGAUUUUGAGCUCCUCGACAUUCUCAGGAUGAACUGUGGAUGUGGUGAUGAUGUACAGUGUGCAUUAUAACCACUCAUUUGUGAGCGGGAGUGAGAUGAUGGUAAACACUCUGACUCUGGAACAGAAGACCGUGUUCGCCUUCGUCUUGAUGCUGUUGGUCUUUCUUGCCCUGCUGAUUGUUCGUUGUUUCCGGAUCCUCCUGGACCCUUACAGCAGCAUGCCCUCCUCGCAUUGGGGAGACGGACUGGAGGGGCUUGAGAAAGGGACGUUUGAGUAUGCCCUUACCUGA